GGCAUGCAUCAGUAGCUUGCGGUACGGUAAACGAAAUACACGUGCGGUUCGAUUUUAAUCACGAACGACGUCAGUCGUUGCGGAUCGGGACAGAUCGUUCUCUCUGGCCGCGUUUUUUCAAGGAAAAAAUCUCGUCGUCUCUUUCUUAAAUUUGAAAAUAUGCAUUUUUAAAAAAUAAGGAAAAGUGAGAGGAAUGCAAAGGAAGAAAUGAAGGAUUCGUUAUUUUAAUGGUUAGUAGCAAUUUUAGGGAAAGGGAACGUUUUCGAAACGAGAUCGAGGAUGAAUUGGAGGAUUUUAGUCGUUGGAUUUUCGAUGAUGGUGGCGAUGAUGGUGGAUAUUUGUACGGCGAAUAACGAUACUUGGGACAAGAUUCGCGAGAAAAAGGCGAGGUUAGUGAAGAAAUUGAAGAAGGACUUCCGGAAGUUGAAGAAGCAGGAAGGAGCCGUGAAGUUGGUGGGCAGCGAGAACGGUGGACACGAAGGAAACGUGGAAAUACUUCACGACGGGAAAUGGGGCAGCGUGUGCGACGACGAAUGGGAUUACUUGGAGGCCAAUGUGGUUUGCAGGCAAUUAGGCUUCGACGGUGCAAUUAAACCGACAGCGAACAGUCACUUUGGCCAGGCAAGAAGAAGAUAUUGGAUGGACAACGUGUACUGCGACGGGAGCGAGGACGAGCUCUCGAAGUGUCGGUUCGACGGAUGGGGCGCUUCCGACUGCGAGGGCGGCGAGGCGGCCGGCGUAAUUUGCGCCCGCGACCAACAACAGGAAGCGGAGGAUGGGGCGAGGGAGCGGUCGAAGGCGAAGAGGAAGCCGGAGAAACGGAGGAUCAAGGAUAUACAUCAGCAGGGAGUGGCGAUAAGGCUGGCGGGGGGACGUGUCCACAGCGAAGGGAGAGUGGAGGUUAAGCUGGGGCAUUCAGAUUGGGGUGUCAUCUGCGGCGAUGGUUGGUCCCUGUUCGAGGCCGCGGUUGUUUGCCGGCAAUUGGGCCUUGGUUACGCCUCCGACGCCGUCCAGACCAACUUUUUCGGCGGCGAGAAGACGCCCAUGGCCAUCAGUGGCGUACAGUGUCGCGGGAACGAGAGCAAUCUGACCGAUUGUCUGCACGACAAGCUCCUCGAUUGUCCAGGUCCUGUAGAAAACGUGGGCAGCGUAGUGUGUCUUCGAGACAUGCCGGAUCUGGUGUUCGACCACAUAGAACUUAUGCGAACGGCCCAUCUCGAGGACAGACAGCUAUACUGGUUACAAUGCGCCAUGGAGGAGAACUGCGUCGCCUCGCAGGCGUAUAAAAUUCAAAAGGAAUCGGAAAAUUGGCACUUGGAGACCAGGAGGCUUCUACGAUUCACUGCGAGGAUCUUGAACGCAGGAACCGCAGACUUCCGGCCGUCGGUGCCAAAACACCUUUGGGAAUGGCACAUGUGCCAUAUGCAUUACCACUCGAUGGAGGUGUUCGCUACGUUCGACGUGUUGGACCUGAACGGGACGAGGCUCGCGGAGGGGCACAAAGCGUCCUUUUGCCUGGAGGACAAUCAAUGCCUGCCGGGUGUGGAGGCGAGGUACAAAUGCGCCAAUUACGGUGACCAAGGGAUUUCCGUGAAUUGUAGCGAUAUAUACAGGCACAACAUCGAUUGCCAGUGGGUGGACAUAUCGGAGCUUCGCCCUGGGGAAUACAUUUUCAAGGUCGGGGUGAAUCCUGAGCUCAAAGUGGGCGAGAUGUCGUUCGACAAUAACGCGGCAAUUUGCCGCCUUCUCUACACCGAAUCGUUCGCCACUGUGCACAGUUGCGUCAUGGGUCGUCCUUGACAUCCCCUACGUUACGUCAGGUCAUCAUAUAUAAGCGACGCCAUUUUGAAAGAGUGACAAACUCUCGAUACAAUAAUCUCGAU